AAGACCCUUAAAGACCCUGAAAGGUGUUUCCAUACACUCUCAGUGCUCCCUUACCAUGGAUUCUCUGGACUCUGAAAAUGCGCCUUUUCUUCCAGAUGAGAAGCCCCCUAGGACGAAGAAUCAGAUAUUCGCUAGACAAUGGCCGUGGAUUCUCUCAACCCUCUUCUUUGCCCUCCUUUCUGCCCUCUUGUUCUUCCGUCUUCCAUCUUCACCGUAUGGCAGCUAUGAAAAGGGAUUCUCAACAGACUUAAAAUCGAUUCGCUCCAGUAUUGAACUGCAAGAGGUCCAAUUCACUGGUGGUCUCGAGCUGGACGAGAAUGGGAGACUGAUCUCAGUCACUGACCCUGGCGCUCCCAAGUACGCCGGUCCGCCGAGUCCUGAAAUCGACGAUGCCUGGAACGAACUAAUGCUGGCACUGGACUUGGACCUGUCCGAAGAUGAGGCCGAAGGGGUCAAGGAAUGGACGAUGAAGGGCGAAGACAAUGCGAAAUACCGCGUGAGCUUGGACAUGUACCAUUCAUUGCACUGUCUAAAUGCCAUCCGCAAAGCCCUGGAUAUCGACUACUAUGAGCCAGGCAAGAAGCAUCCCUACUACUAUCGCCUUCAUAUCGACCAUUGCAUCGACUACCUCCGCCAGGGCAUCCAGUGUUCUGCUGACAUGACGCCAUUAGGCUACUGGUGGAAUGAGGAGUACCAAGUGCCAUUUCCUUACUUCAAGGAGAAACAUACCUGUCGCAACUUCAAUAAGCUAAGAGACUGGAGCAUGGGGCGUAUCCCCGAAGAUAGGGCUGACAGGCACCAUCAUUAGUAUAUUGAUUUGUAUGAGACACGAGCCCGAUACCCUUGCUACGCGAGGGGGGUCAAAGAGGGGGCUUUGAUUUUCUAUUAAUAUAUAUAUAUUAUAAGAUAGUGUAGAACAGAGCUAUACAAAUUAAAACUGCCCCAGACCUACGGACC